CUCUUUCACUGGAGCCACUUUUGAAAUGCAUAGCAAGUGGUACGGAAUACUUAGUUAUUUCCAGAAGAAUCUACCAUAUUGGAAAUCAUCUAAAUACUAUCUUUGGACGAAAUUUACAAUUACAAGUGGAGUUGUUGGCAUUGGGAUUGUAAGCUUAGCUGUACCUGUAUAUGCAUCAGACUUACGAGCUCAUCCUGCAAAACUACCUUGGAUACACAAUGGGAUAAUAUCUUCUUACGAUCAUGCUUCUAUGCGUCGAGGUUAUCAAGUAUACAAAGAAGUGUGUAGUGCUUGUCACAGCUUGAAGUAUAUGAGCUAUCGACAUUUAGUCAAUACAGUACUCACAGAAGAUGAGGCUAAAGCGGAUGCAGCUGAACAUAUGUAUCCUGAUGGACCGGACGAUAACGGAAAUAUGUUUGAACGACCAGGUCGGUUAACUGAUGUACUUCCAUCUCCUUAUCCGAAUAAAGAAGCAGCGCGUGCUGCUAAUAACGGCGCAGAACCACCGGACCUGACAUAUAUUGUCAAAGCUCGGGAGGGUAAUGAGAAUUAUAUAUUCCAUCUCCUUACAGGUACAUAAAUUUCACUAAGUAACUGUUGUAAAUUUAUAAUGCUUAAUACUUUAUUUAUUUAUUAGAAAACUUUUUUAGUUAAGGUUGGUGUUUCAAUUAAUUUAGUUUAAAGAAUAGAACGUGUUACAAAGAGGCCCUCUUUAAUAUGGUCAAGGUAACUUUUUGGAAAAGUGUUUGUUUCUCUCUAUUAAUUAUGUAUUGGUAUCGCAAACUGACUAUAUAACCGUUGAGUAUAAAGAAGCACUGGAUAACUACUUCGUCUUAGUAUGGGACUCCUCAUCAGUGUGCAUCCUCUAAUCCAAUGAAGGUUAAACCCAAGACAUCUAGGUCUCGCGGCGGGCACCUCACCUUUGGACUACUGAUACGUCACCCAUUGAUGUACGUAUCUAACUUCAAUCAGCGGGCAAUAUCGCGCAAGCGUCUUGCACUGUCUUUUCUGGGUAACUGCCUCAUAGCCAACACAGUUGAACUCUAUUGGUUACGGCUUCUUACUAGAAUUCCUGGAAUAUCCUUGGUGUUAUUUACUAGUGAGCUCAACAAAAAUAUAACUUUUACCCUUAGAUCUUUACAUUACAAUUAGCUGCGUAACAUCACAAGACAGCCUGUUCUGUAACUACAAAAGAAUCAAUAUUUAGGGAAAAUGCUACUAUUUAUAUACAUCUUUGAACAAAAAGUUUCCUCUUUUGAGUAGAGAAUAGAUUUCCCAGUAAAGUUUUUUCGAUCACAUAGGAGUAUGAAUAAAAAUUCGGAGUAGAGGAAUUUCUAUCUCACUGUGCAAUCACCUGCGAUGUUGAUUUCCACUUCAGCCACUUCCUGUCACAAUCAAUCAACUUCAAAGAUUUGGAUCCGUAAGGCAUACAAUGCAUUCGUAUACAUCGUAAGAGACAGAUUUAGAAAUCGUAAGCCAACCGACAAUAUUUUCAACAGCAUGAAAUGUAUGAAGGAAAAAGAAUUAGAUGACAAAUUUUAUUUCUUCGGUGAUUUCCUGAAAAGCGAGACAUAACUGGGCAAACAGAUAAGCUACAGAGACGAAAAACAAAAAUUUACAACUGUCAUAACUCAACAAUAUAUAAAUUAGUUAUGUUUGCACACUGUUCAUAAGAUCAGAGGCUUUCUGUGGGAUUCUUAAUUAACGAAAAUUUUAAGCAAUUCAUCUCUUUUAUUUCUGUUAUGUAAACAGAAUAACCGUUCUUGAAACUUCAAUCCAUGUUUAACAAGACAUUCUAUCAUCCGGAAAUCAUCCUCUCAGAAAGACGUUUUAGAAAUCAUUGCAAAGAUUUAGAGACCAUUUGAAAUUAGUGUGUUGCUUAAUAACUAUUACACUAUUACCUCAUCCCAUUCCAUCUACAGUUGUAUACGGAUCAAUAAAUACAAUAAUGGAAUGACAAGUAUGUCAACAUUUAUAACAAAUGCGAAAAGCAGUAACUUAACAAAACAUAAAUAUCCUUUCUACCAACGUGCUACUGUUAACGUUGUUUGGUAAUUGGGUAACACAAUAUGUUGUCACUGAUUGUAAUAGGUGUAAAUUACUAGAAGAGAUAUAGAUGCAAUUUAUAAAGUACCAAAAUUCUUAACUGAUGGAAUUCUAAAAAUUAAAGUUUUACAAACGUCUGACAUCCGGAUUAGUUUAUAAUUUUAAUAUACACAUUCAAUUAAUCAAAAUAGUAAGAAGAAAUCAUUCCAGUCAUGUAUGGUUUGUUUAUUGCAUUGUUGAAAUCAACCAAUCACAAAUAAAUUCAUUAGAAUAAACUAACAUGAGUGUAAGACUUGUGGCAUUGAUAAUGUCGAGCAUGAAGUUAUAAAUGUUACGUAGUUAACCCAUCCAACUAAAAGAAUUCAACACUAGUUGACGAAUUUACAGCGUUUCUCAUUAUUUUAGUUACAGUUUGUUUGUGUUUUGUUCGCAUAUGCUGAGAGCAUUGGAUGAAGGAUGUUACGGUUAGACUUAGGUUACUAGGUAAGGAUAGUAAGUCGGUUUGAGGUUGUUAAUCUCCAAUAAUUGACAUGGUUUGAAUAUAUGUUACAUAGAGUGAAUCGCCUCAUAUUUUCAAUUGGAAGGCAUCCAUUAAAAAGCAUGAGGAUCGAGAAGGGGGAAUUAGGAUUUUCAAGAGUUUGAAAUGUGGUCGGUUUGCCGUUUGUGAGUUUGCCUCGACGACUAAUCAAAAACAUAGUUUUUGAUACGUUUAAUGUACCACUCACUUUCGAAUAAUUCUGUAAUUUUUCGAAUUAAAUAACAAUCUUUCAUUCUUAUUACCUUAGUCAUAUUGUACAUCUAUUUUGAACAACAAAGCUAAGAAUCUAGUUGACCUGCUUAAUAAUUAGUAUGAGGUUUUACAACAGUGAGAUUUAGACAAUGUACCUUUCCAGUAAUUAUUGAGUAAUAUUUUGCAAUCAUAUUCACGAAUUACUUUCAUCAAUUGGCGCAUACGCCAGCGUGAAUAUGAAUUAUUUGACGGAACAGAUUAUUCUAACAUUUGUUAGGCAUUUUUGAAACGGACUAAAUUACGGCUCUACUGGGUGAUUUAUAAAUUCUUGUAGAUAAUUUUUUUCUAUUAAUUUACUUUCUAUUCCAGGAAAUAGAUAAAUCCAACUGGAGUUAUGUUAUUUAACUUAGAUUCAUAGGUGAUAAUUAACUUAAGAGUGAAAAAGGUAAAUUCAGUGCUGGUCCUUAUUUGGAGCUCAGUUUCUAUACUAAUCUAAUUCCCUUUGAAUAAAAGUUAGACAAAUAUAUUUUCUGGGGAUAUUUAUUUGCUGUAGAAUUUCGUUUGUUGACCUGAAUCCCUAUUCAAAACGGAUGUACAAGAUAGCAUGACCAUAGUGAUAAGAAUGGUUGUUACUUAAUCCGAAAAACUACAGCUUUUGUUGAAAGUAAGCGGUACAUUAAACCUAUCAAAAACUAUGUUUUUGAUUGAUCUUAAAGGCAAACUGAUAGACGGUAAACCAACCAUAUUAAAAAAAUUUUUGUUCCCAUUCCCGAAGCUCGCCCUUACUAACAUGGUUUUUUGAUGGUCGUCCUUAUUGACGUACACCCUUUUCAAUCGCUCCCUUAUUAUUGUGGGGACUUUCCUGCAAUGCUGUUGUAAGAGCAGAAUCCAAGAAGGCUAAGUCUGUCUAAAUAAAAACAUGACAUUUGUCCAUGAAGUCAUUGAUUUGGUUUGAGCCAUGUUAUCAUUUGAAAACUAACUGAUUGGGAUUCUCGUGAUUAUCAUAACCAAUGGUUAGAGACAUUAUAUGAUGUAGCUCAGAAUCAGUCCGAAAGGCACAGAUGCAAUCACUCUUUGUUUUUCCUUAAAUCUUGAGUUCUAAAAUUAUCUCACAUGUUUUAUUCCGCCAAUCCAUUCUUUUCAAGUUAUGUUGUCUAUAUUCAGUGUUUUUUUGGCACCACUGAUAUUGUCAAUACUUCUACUUUGGAAAUUGUCUUGAUAAUCUGGUGUGACAGCUUUAACCGAUCUGCCUGUAUGCUACAUUCUACAUCGCUUCUGACUAACUGUAUUUGUGAAUAUGUAUUAAUAUUUUUACGCUUACAGGUUAUAUGGAUCCUCCACCAGGUCGUACAGUUUCAGAUGGACAAUAUUAUAAUCCUUAUUUCCCUGGUGGUGGUAUAGGUAUGGCAAGAGUAUUGUAUGAUGAUUUAAUUGAAUAUGCUGAUGGAACACCUGCUACAACUAGUCAAAUGGCAAAAGAUGUAGUAACAUUUCUUUGUUGGACUUCUGAUCGAACUCAUGAUGAACGUAAACGUGUUUUACUUAAGGCAGUAGUAAUUACGAGCGUUGUGUUAGUAAUAAUGGGGAUAUAUAAACGGAAACAUUGGUCAGAUAUAAAAACCAGGAAGAUUAUUUACAAAAAUCGACCACUGCCGAAGGAUGUUUAGUAAACUUUCUUUCAGUUUUCUUCAAUAGAAUCAAUAUCAUGUUCUCUCUUUAUGUGUGCGUAUGUUUCCUCCACUUUUUACUGUUUGAUACUUCAUCUGUCUACCCUAAUAAAGGUGGGGAAAUUGAACUUUUAGAAUGAGCAUGUAUUGAUUAUUAGGAGUAUAUAUACACUUAUUUAUUCACUUACUAAUUAGUUCUAUAAGUUGUUCGUACAAUACUGGUCAGGCCAAUGCGUUUUGCUAGUUCGACAUUUGAUAAGAUUUUUUAAAAUGUAGCUUUUUUGCAAAAAUUAUUUGUCUUCAUAUUAAAUGAAAAACUGGUGGGUAAUAUGAUGAAAGCUGGACAUAUAUGUUUCCACUGUUUUGUAAUGUAAAUCCACGAUAUUUGUUUAUUGUUCUGUAGGGUAUUUCUUGUAGAUGACUUUGUUUGAUAAACCUCACGGGUUUGUUUUUUCAAGUUCUCAGUUAGUUUUGAAGCUAUAUUGGUAGUGGAAAAAAGGAGUUAGUACACCUGCAUUACAGAUGAUUGUACUCAGUGAUUUUUAUUUUGAAUGGCGCUGGUAUCCAGAAGUUCGAUUUUGACUUUGUAUGGGGAGCUUAUGGCAAAACUUUUAUGCUUUAUGUUGAUUAUCGUUUAUUAUGGUGUUGGUUUUAUGAUGUCUAACUGUAUAAGUGUGAAUAUACAAUGCAAGCAAGAUUCGCCACAAAGAUUUUCAGGAAGUUUCUCACUGGAAGCAAAGCUCUUGCGGACGGGUGUCCGUAAAUUUGAUAGUUGUUUUAUUAGCUGUGACUGAAAAUUAUCUUCUAGUUGCAACUUACGACUACCCAUAUACCUUUACAACGACCAACAGUCUAGGUGCUUUGUUAGCUUUGAGUUGGUAUUAUGUGAAUUACCGGAUGUCAAUUUUAUCUUAGGCUAGCCGAAGAAUAUGUAGAGAUAGGACUGAAGUACUGGGAGUCUUUCUGCUGCUCUCUAGUGUGAUUCGGCGUCGUUUACAGAGUGUAGCGUGGUAGGUUAGGUAAUGUCUAGAAAUUUGUUUACCUGUGGGCUGGUACAUUGGUCUUAGGCCGGUAAAAACCGAGUUAGUCCUAGCUAAACGUCAAUGCCACUAGUUCGUUUCUACGUUAGAUCAUUGAAUAUUGAGCAGAUAAGUAGUCCUUGUUUGAGUGAAAGAUGACUAGCGCAGUUUAACCGACGAGAUGACGAAGAGGCCUAUGAGUCAGCGGUCCCACUCCACCUAAAAUCUGUAACUAGCAAAUAAUAUUGCCAUGGCAAGGUUCUGCUUUAUUUGCACGAGCAUCAAGGUACCCUGUUCGCAUGAUUAUCACUAUAGGAUAAGCCAGUUCAGUCUUACUGAAGAUCUGUUUACUCCUUAAAUUUAGGCCUACUAGUGUAAUAGCCUAGAUAAACCCGCUGGUAGCAUGCAAUAAUUAUGAAUUCAAUAGCUUCACAGAUACCAAGCCAGCUUACUCUGUUUCUUCACUAUCAAUCUCAUUUAUUUCCAGUUGUUUAUAAGCUACUGCGAAUCCGUCCAAAUAUCUCCACGUAAAUGACUUUUAAACAACAGCUUUUAGAUUCACUCCAUCGGUUUGGUUUUAGCUGAAUGUGGGUUUCUAGACAUCCAAUACACGAGUGACGUUUAUUCAGAUGUAGCUUUUAUACACUAAGUGAACAGAAAAAUCAAAGUACUGGUUAUAUCGCAAUUAAUGAACAUAAGAUUUUUCAUGACUGUAGUGCUGUUGGUUCUUGAUGUGUGGUAGUGGAAGUAAAAUAUGAUUGGUCGUUGAGCGUGAACAACAGUCACAGCAAACGGACCAUUAGAUAUAUGAUUUCCCUUCCUGUAACUGAUUUCUAUUUUCGACUCACUAAGUGUAACAUUGUAAUUGUAUUGA